AUGGGUGCGGUCGGGAAGCAGACGGUUGGUCGGCUGGAGACGAGUGCAGCGACACUGGAGUUCGGAGCAUCAUUUCUGGUGCUGACGGCGAUCGACCGGCGGCGACCGAUGCCCUGUAGCUUGAGCACAAGGUCGGUGUCAGCAUCCUCGGUCGUUGUUCGGCGCGAGACGAUCUUCCUGGUUGCUGGGCUGUCGUCCGUCUGCUCGCACACGCGCACCUUGGCCUCAGCGGGGAGGAGGGAGAGCUGCUGGUCAAGCGGCGGUUCUUGGGUAGAUCAUGUCGCGCUGGAGGGUUCGUCGGCUCGCGGGUUGGAAAGCAGCUUUGGAGUCGUCCCAUCUUGUCGUAGGGAUUGUGAGCAGGAGGCGGAGGAGGGCGAAGAAGAAGAUGAGGAGGAUGAAGAAGAAGAGGAGGAGGAAAAAGAGGAGGAUGAGAACGAAUGGGACGAGGAGGAGGAGGAGGAGGAGAAGGAAACAUCGUUGAAGGAACUCGUUGUGGUUGAUGUACAAGCAGCAGAACACUUGGUCGUCGAAAUGAGCGUUCUUCAGGUUGACGCUCACAGUCGGUCCGAUUUCUUGGUGUGGUGGGCUGCAGAGGGCGAGAACCGGACGGAGGUGGAAGUGCACUGA